AUGGUCUAUCUCACCUCCCUCCUCCUGGCUACGGCCACCAUCGUGAGCAGCGUCUCUGCCGCGCCAAAGCCCGAGCCCAAUCCUUUCGAGGGCAAGGAUCGCCACGUCGUCUCCAGCUACGGCAAGAAGCUCGACCAGACCAUAGCGGCGUUCGAGGCUAAGAACGACACCCUCAACGCGGCCCGCACCCGUACCGUCGCAGAGAAGAUCUCCACCUUCACAUGGGUGACCUCGCGCGCCCACCUGUCCAACAUCACCAGCACCAUCGCCGAAGCCCGCGCGCAGAAGAAGACAGGCAAGGACAUGAUCGUCGGACUCGUCCUGUACAACCUCCCCGACCGCGACUGCUCGGCUGGUGAGUCUGCGGGCGAGCUGACCCUCGACAACGACGGCUUCAGACUCUACAAGUCGCAGUUCGUCGACAAGUACGCCAAGCUCGUCAAAGAUGCCAAAGAUCUGACCUUCGCCAUCGUCCUCGAGCCAGACAGCUUGGGUAAUGCGGUUACCAACCAGGGCAUCGCGACGUGCGCAAAAGCCACGCCCUUCUACGAGCAGGGCAUCGCGUACGCAAUCUCCAAGCUGCAGGCGUCAAACAUCCACCUGUAUAUCGACGCCGCGCACGGCGGGUGGCUCGGAUGGGCCGACAACCUGAAGCCGACGGCGGAGGUGUUCGCCAAGGUCGUUGCGAUGGCGAAGAAACUCAACUCCAAUGCCAAAAUCCGCGGGUAUGCAACCAAUGUGUCAAACUACAACUCCUUCAACGCCAAGGUCCGCGAGAACUACACCGAGUACUCCCCCAGCUGGGACGAGUCGCACUACGCCUCCGCACUCGCACCGUAUCUCGAGGCCGAGGGUCUGCCGUCCAAGUUCAUCAUUGAUCAGGGAAGGGUUGCGCUUCCUGGUGCGAGGGAGGAGUGGGGCGAAUGGUGCAAUGUUAGCCCCAGUGGAUUUGGCACGCCGCCGACUACCAAGACGAACAACACGUAUGUUGAUAGUCUUGUGUGGAUUAAGCCUGGUGGUGAGAGUGAUGGACGGUGUGGGCUGGAGGGGGCGCCAGCGGCGGGCGCAUGGUUUGAUGAGUACGUGCAGAUGUUGGUUAAGAAUGCUGAGCCGCCGCUGGAGCCGACUUACAAGAAGGCUUAG